AUGAGCUUCUGUGUCAAUGUCUCUCUUCGUUUUUACAGAGAUCGAAAACUAUAUAAACUGGGAUUAAAAGGAUUUUACGUCAAAGAUGACAAUGGCAGUACAGGGGAGGAACAAGCGUCUGAGGAGGAAAACCAUUGUCCCAAUGUGACAUUAAAGGUGGAUACUAAUCAUGCUCUCGACCUGGAAGAAGUUGAACUAGACUCGGAGGCUGAGCUUAUGAAGAGUAUGGGAUUGCCUCUUCAGUUUGGUGGGCAGUCAGCCCACAGGGACUUUGUGGCAACAGAAAAUUAUAAGAAGAGAAGUAACAUGAAGAUUAUGAAAAAGAAAAAGAAGAAAAAGGAGUUAGAGCAAAAACAUGAGGAUAAAAUGGGGCAGAAAUGCCAGGAUCAAGCUUGUGGUGGUCGUAUGCAGUCCGUUUCUGGUGAGCUGGCCCUAGCUACAGAGCAACGUGAGAAGAGCAGCAAACCUCGGGUUUUAAGUGAAGGGAACUGUGAAAGUUCAGGUAGUCUUACAAAUGAGGCUUUACCCAGCAAACUUGAAGAAAAAUGGGAGAAGUACUGGAGCGAGUACGGAGAGGGCCUUCUUUGGCAGAGUUGGCUGGAGAAGCAUCAAGGGCUCUUAUCGUCUGAGGCCACCACAGCCUCUGAGCCUUGGAAUAAUGCGGACACCAGGGAAGAGUGGGAGCAGCAUUAUAGCGAACUGUACUGGUAUUACUGGGAACAGUUUCAGUACUGGACAAGUCAAGGAUGGACUACUGAGAGCUCACAUGGUGACAACGUGGAAGCUAAUGGGGUUACUCAGGAGAUGGGUCUUUCGGGAAAUAUGGACUUGGUUAGCCCAGGGGCCGAACGCAGUGAAGUGCUGAGCUUGGAGCUGUCUCCCUCUAACACCAGAAGUGUGGAAACGCUCCCUUCAAGUGUUGAGCCCCACAGUGAAAUAGUCUCUGGGAUUUGUAAUUUAAAUCUGGUUUCGGAGGAAGUGGAGCAGAGCAGUGCAGCUCUAACAGUGGCCCACCAAGGUCUUCAAGAGCAUAAUUCAUCUGACAGGGAAAGCCAGCAGGAGCCCUGUGAUGGAGGAACCAGGAAAAGGAGUGCAUCUUGUGAAAAUAAAAGUAUUAACCAGUCAGGUUCACAGGGGUCAUGUAGCUCAAAUUUAAAUGAAAAAGAACAGUUGCUGCUUCAUAACCGAGAUGAAGAUGAGGAUGAAGAGCCUCCUGAAUACAGACACGCCAAAGUCAAGAGAAGCCAUGAACUGGAUGUGGAUGAGAACCCAGUGGAAGAUCCUGAGGAAACCUGCUCUGUUUUGGGUUUCAAGUGUGGCACAGGACAAAAGUAUGGGGGAAUUCCAGAUUUCACCCACCGAAGUGUGCAGUACUUGGAGAAAAAAGCAAAACUCAAGUCCAAAUUCUUGGAUAUGCGUAAACCAAGGAAGAGCAAAAACACACACAUCUUCUUUACAGAGGAAUCUGAAACUUCUUGCAAGAAAAAUAAAACUUUGAAAAAGGUGGAAGAGUUCCUAAAGCGUGUUAAUACACCUGGGGAGGAAGGCACAUCCCAGCCAGCCUCCCUUCAGGGUAAAGCGGAGGCACUGCCCGCGAGCAGUGACUCGGAGGAUCAAGAGAGCGUUGCUGCCGUGCAGACUGUGAUGCUGAACGCCGAAAACGAAAAGCCACUGUCUUCCAGCGCGGCCUUCGCAGAACCUGGAGGGAGUGACGGUGAGGAGGGAGCACAGGACGUGGCAGCGAGCGGCUCCGAUGGCCAAGGCGCAGGGAGGCAGGAGCAUGGCUGCGGGCGGCAGCUGAUCUCUCUGGAUAUUCCCGAUUAUCUCCGGGCAGAGGCAGAGGACGUCAGCCAAGCUGUAGAUGAAAAAAUCACCGCAAAGAAGAAGGUGAAAAAAAGGAGGAAAAGGAAUAAAAUUGCGCUGGGAGCUAUACCUGCCGAGAUUGCUGCUGAUCCAGAGCUGGCCAAGUACUGGGCACAACGCUACCGGCUGUUCUCUCGGUUUGAUGAGGGAAUUAAACUAGACAGAGAGGGUUGGUUUUCUGUUACGCCUGAGAAAAUAGCUGAGCAUAUUGCCAUCCGCGUUAGUCAGUCAUUCAACUGCGAUAUCAUAGUGGAUGCGUUCUGUGGGGUUGGAGGAAACGCUAUUCAGUUUGCGUUGACCUCAAAAAGAGUGAUUGCUAUUGAUAUCGAUCCUGAGAAGCUCAGCCUUGCACGCAACAACGCUGAGGUGUACGGCGUGGCAGAUCAGAUAGAAUUUGUGUGCGGAGACUUCAUGGUGCUGGCUGCUGACCUGCAAGCAGAUGUUGUGUUCCUCAGCCCGCCCUGGGGGGGGCCUGACUAUGCCACUGCCGAAAUCUUCGAUAUCCAAACUAUGAUUUGCCCAGACGGAUUUGAAAUUUUCAGGCUCUCCAAGAAGAUCACCAACAAUAUUGUGUAUUUUCUACCUCGGAACGCUGACAUUGACCAGGUGGCUUCCUUAGCAGGGCCAGGAGGAAAAGUUGAAAUAGAACAAAAUUUUCUCAAUAACAAACUGAAGACAAUAACAGCUUAUUUUGGUGAUCUAAUAAGGAAUGACAUCUGAACUCUGUGUGGAUUCUUCCAAAUCCAACCUCCCUGACUGCUGCUUUGCUUAAGCUUUUGUACAGCUGGCUGGUCAAAAAUGACUUAAAGCCAUUUUCCGCUUUAAUUUCUGUUUACAGAAAUUUGUUCUGUUUAUUGCUACUGUCAAUAAAUGUUUUAUAAUAAUUUUG